CCGCAGGCGCACUGCGCUGCAGCCCGCGGCACGACCCUGCACCGCGCUGCAGUCCUGCAGUCCCCGGCACGGCAUGCCGGAGCUCGGGCCAGUGCAAGCACAUGCCGGCGACCCGUUGAAGCUUAUGCAUACCAGCCCGGUGCUUGCAUGACGCCUCGGAGACGCUUCUAUAAAAACACCAUCCACAUCCCCAAACGUCCGAGCUGGAAAGGAAUCCCACUUUCUCCUCACAAUGGUUUCCAGCACCCCUACACCAGCCUCAGCAAGUACACCGCACACACAACAUACGAUGGCUCCUCCUCAUCCGACAAGGAAACCCUCGAGCCAAUCUUCCUCCAGCCACGGCUCUCGGGCCCGGAGGAGCAACGACUCAUAUGCUUCACAAUCUACCGCCCCUACCUCACUUUACUCUUCACCCCGCCCCUCAGACCUCAAGACCUCGGCACAAUCCACGUCCAGCGGAGCCCGCUCUGGUGCUGCUAGCCACGAACGGGACUACGACUCGCGUGACGAUGUCGGUCCCGACACUUCGCUCUACCCCCGCUCAUCCCUCGACUCGUACGCCUCUACCACGGCGUCGCGCGAGGACUUGGCCUACUUGGACAUGGACGGGCGUCCGGACUAUGACGACGGUGCGAUUCCGCCCUUGCCCGAGUACCGGUGCGACAUUGUCGAGCCCAACGUCCGCGUCUCGACCCCUCUUCACUUUGCCAGCCUGUACCCCUCCCUCAACCGCCUGACAAUACGGCACGACGAGUACACCACCGACGGGAAUAUGAACCUGCGCAUCGACACGGUGCUGACGGACCGCAAGAGGACCGCCGUUCAGCUGUUCCACCUGCGCAUGUACGACCUAGCCAGGCGGGAGUUCUCACUGCGCCGCUAUUCGCGCGACUCGGGUCGCGAGGUCUGCAAUUCGAAGCGCAAGUUCAUCGAGCCCGCCCCGGCGAGGCCCAGGACAGCCGAAGAGAGGCCGACACUGAAGCGGUCCAUGUCGGCCGCCCUCAGCCGGCUUGGUGGUGGGAAGCCGGCCUUGCGCCGGGCGACAUCAAGCAUCGCGGUGCCCGGCCGGCCCGGCACCGGCUACUCGACUUGCGCUGGCAGUGAUGAGCUGCAUCUCGGCGGGUCCAACCUGUCUCGCCUCUCGCUGGAGAGUCGUCUGAUGCCCGGCAAGGCCCGGCGGCCGGUGCCGACCAACACCAUCAAGCUCGAGUUCAGCAAUUAUGCCCGCGUCGACGUUACCCGACGCGGCGGCAAUGGCAGCAAGCGCUACGACUUUGAGUGGUGGGGCCAUCGGUACAGCUGGAAACGCGCCGUCCACAAGCAGCUUGGCCUGGUGUCUUUCCACCUUGUGCGCGACGGAAAGACGGGUGCGCCGGUCGCGCACAUCGUUCCCGAGACAAGGUCACCGAGCCAGAUCCUGGCCGACGAGAAUGCCGGCGGAUGGGUUCCGCCAUGUUUCAUGUGGAUCGCGGACAAGACCGUUGUUGACGCUGUCACGGAUGUGGCUGACGUCAUCAUGGCCACGGGUCUCAUUGCGCUCGUUGACGACUGCAUCCGGGAGCGAUGGCAGACCAAGAAGGCUCACCGCAUCCCAAUGCCGUUGACCACCAAGACCGUCAACCUGGACGCCGUCACCCCGAAAGCUAUCAUGCAACAUGUCUUCGGCCGCCGGAACCCGAACAACUAUCAGCGGCCCCCAACUCCGGCCAGCCCGCUGCGAUAUGCGGAAGCUGCUACGGCUUACUAGAUUCCGGGUAACCCGUGCGCUCAUACUUUCGGCGGCACCCGGCGAGCCGGAUGAAGUUGGAGCCGCUGCGGCCCACUCAGGACCGAGCCCCUGGUUCUGUGCCACGUGUUGCUGCCCAACCAGAGGUCAACACUUUCCGAGUCACUCAUCUCAAGUUUCAACCUCCCAAAGUGUGGUACUUGUUUUGCAGGCGUUAUCGAGCACACUCUCUGCUUUUCACUUUGUCCCUCGCGAUCUGGUUUCGCGACUUCAUCCUGGACCUCUACAGUAGGUUGCGGGGCUUCGUUUUUUCUUCCAAAAGCCGUUUGCUCUCAUUCUUCUUCUGUUGUUACUAUUAUCUUUCUACCCUGCCGCGUAUUUCUCAAAGAUUGCUACGGUCUACAGCACUCUCCUGGAACAGGGUUGCAAAUACAGUUAGCACUUGUUGGUGUUGCGUUGGGUUAUCGGAACGGAGCAUUGGGCGGUGCAUGGGACGGGGUGGCGAGGAGUUGGUUGUUUUCACGCUCUUCCUUUUUCGUUUCUCCCACAGGCAUUCUU